CGAUUCCCAAGGUGUCAAGUUGUGUUAAACGUAGCUUCCUGAAAGACUUUGGUAGACAUUAGUAGCUUCAUGUGACAGUAGAAUCAAGAUCCUAGGAACUUUUUUAGGUAAACUUAGGAAAGGCGAAUAUGUUGAUGUUCCGUGUUGCCGUGACGGUUGCUGCCGUGUGUAUGGCCAUGGCUUACGACGACGUGAGGUCAUUGCGUGCAGUGAGGAACUAUGACGCAAGGUUGCCGUGUGGUUUCGGAAAGAUCUUUCUCGACGGGCCAGACGCCUACGUUUUAUGGCUAAAGGAUGAUGAAAAGUUUCUUUACCGAUUUCCUAACGAAGAUACAUGGCAAAAAACCUUAAAUCCCAAUAACAUUUACGGAACCUCGUGUGUCGGCAGUCAUUGCUACGAUGACACAUCACUAUUUCUACCGCAAGUUACUGAUAAAGACGAAGGGAAAUACAGAUGUAGAGUCCACUACCAAGGGUCCUCAUCAGUGGACUAUGUUAUUGACUUGAAAAUUGUUGAUCCUACAGGUGUCCCGAGGGUAUACAAUGAGAAAGGGGAGCAGAUCACCACUCCUUACAUUGGUCCGCUUACCCUCGGGUCCAACAUAACACUGGUGUGUGAAGUUGUUGUCAGUCAAGCACCUACAACUGUUUUGUGGUAUCGCAAUGGAAUUGUUGUCAAAAGAGUGUCCACUGACACUCCGGGAAUACUUCGGGAGCAUGUUGUGAUCUCUGAGGCGCGUAGGGAUGAGCUGGAUGCCCAGUACCAGUGUACCGCAUCCAAUGCUGACGUCACAGAACCUUUUUCUGCAACGGUCGUUGUCAAAAUGUAUUUGCCUCCAUUGAAAGUUGAAAUUCGAUUGAACAAUAACUUCGACUUUGAAGUUGGUCAACCAAGGGUCGUGGAUUGUGUGGUCAUAGGUUGUGUUCCCACGCCAACUAUAAACUGGUACCUUGGCGGGACUCUAGUUAAAUCAACCGCUCAUAAGGAGUUACACGAUGGAAAUUACACUGUAUCUUCACUAACACUGACCGCAUCCAUCCAAGACAAUUUACGCCAGCUGUCGUGUAGAGUGCACAAUGCUUAUUUGCAGACCAUUUACGAGGAUAACGUGACCUUACACGUAGGCUACCGUCCUAGGUGUACGUUCACGAAAGAACAGACUGUCGGGAUUGUGAAUGGAGAGGCGGAAACGAUCAUGUGCCUCGUGGAGAGUGCCCCUGCGCCUGUACAAUUCACCUGGGUGUUCCCUGACUCCAGGAUACUGUAUACCAGCGCCACAAGGGUCAACGGCAGAAAAAACCAAUAUUGUUCUUCUCUCACUUGGAUCCCACAAAAUGAAGACUUGGGUUUGCUAUACUGCCGCGCUGUCAAUAUGUAUGGCGAGCAAAGACUGCCUUGUGUGUACUCUCUCACUCUAGGAGGUACUCCACAACCUCCCAACUGCGAUGUCGAAGGAUCUGACGACAAAAAGAAAAUAGUUUGUCAAAAAGGAUGGGACGGUGGUCGAACUCAGACUGUGCAUCUCGAAGUGUUGACUCUCGACGGUGUGGUGGUGCACAACACGACUGAUCCCUGCGGCAACUUCUCAAUACCUGCGAUGGAUCAGAACGUCACUGCCACAGUUUACUCCAGCAACGUCAGAGGAAAGAGCGCAGAAUCAACAAUCGAUCUUAACUCCGUGAUUUCUGCUGAUUCCACUCCUGCUUCUAACUCGAAGGCUGGCUUCUCCUGGGGAUCUUUCGUGUUCGUGACCUCGUCCGCUGGCGCCGUGCUCGCUGCCUGCAUCGGUUUCUGUCUGUGUUGCAGGCUUCUUUGGCGGAAGCCGGGAAGUACUGUGGAGAUGGACAGACAGAGAGGCGAUGGUUUAUUCCAUCGGGAGCCGGAUGUAACAAGAGACGAGCGGCCCGCUUCCACCACGAUCAACGUACACCAACACGCGACCUGUCAAAACGUGAGACCAGUACAAUACAAACUUCCCGAUGUGCAGGAUGGAACACUGCGAUGCAACAUUAUUACUCAAGCUGACAGCUGGAGUUCGAAGUGUACUCCCCACACGAAAUACGGGUGCCACCGGACGGGCUCAACAUUGACUACUCAGGAGAUGUAUGUUUAGAUCCAGACACCAUGUUAUAGGUGUAACUGGGCUAGUAUGUACGUGUGUAAAUACUCACCCGACGCAGACUGAAAGAAUUUCGUUCCUUAAGCCAUACCUUGCAGUAUUCGCAAAACCGUGAUUUGUAAAUUGAAAAUCUAUUAAAAUACUAGUGGCCGGCCUCACUUCGCUUCGGUGUAGAGCUGUAGUGUAGACUAUAUAGUUUUUGUUCUCUCUACAUUUUAUUUAGAAAACGAAAAGUGCUGGUCUUUAGGAUUUUCCUGACAAUUGUUCGAAUUUUUCUCACCUUUUAAACCUUCCCUAGACCUCCACGAACAUUUCAAGACCAAGAUCAGAUAAAUCCGUUCAGCCGUUUUCGAGUUUUAGCGAGACUAGCGAACAGCAAUUGAUUUAUAUAUAUAUAGAUAAUAAAGGCGCUUAUACAUUUAAGAAAUUAUAGAUCCUGUAUAACAAAUCACAAUUUAAGACCCCAAAGAAGUUAAAAAUGAAAGUAUCGCAACCAGGAAUAUGAAAAAAUCAAGUAACAUCAACAAUACGAUGUUAGUUUUCAAUUUCAUCAAUGUGCUUAUUUUGAACUGGCUCGGCAUCGUGAUGCUGACAAUUAAUAUUAUUCAAUCAAACGCUUUAAAAAAAAACAGUGAACUUACCGUUAAAAAAAAUUUUGAGGUGUGGUUUAAGCUAACGUUUUCUUUAAGUAAGUGUCGAACGGUAUUUGAAUGUCUCACUUUUUGUAUUUGUUAUGAGAGAAUAAUUUAAUAUUACUAUUUUAGGUAUAUUUAAGUUAACAAUUUCAUCGAUAAAUGAUAUAGGUUUUUGUUUUAAUCCUACUCAAGUAAUCCACCACCGCUGUUGAACAGGUGCAACUUACAUAAUUGAAGAAAAAUAAAGCUUCACUUUUGCCUACAAAAAGGUUAAUUGUCAAACUGCUUCCUAGUGAUGAUUAUUCGAAGACGAAGCAAAAGAUUUUCAUAAACUUUCUCCAUAAGACUUGGUAAAAAAAAAACUAUUUUUUUAACAAAUGAUUUCAAACAUUGUGAAUUUUCACGAACAGUAAUAAAAAAGCGGCCAAGUGCGAGUCGGACUCGCCCAUGAAGGGUUCCGUAUCAGCAAGUAACAUAAUAAAAAAGUUCUUGUAGUUCGUUGUAACUUUGAUCAAUGUUUUAAUAAUAGUGUAUUUUUUAUCGGGAACCUGCCCCCUUCGCGCUCCGCACCCGCUACCGAUCAAGCCACGCCCCGCGCGAAUUAUAACUAUUAUUUUCUUAGACACCUAUUACAGAUUUAUUAUUAGAAAAUUUCAUGGUUCAUGGUUUUUGCAUAAGGUUUAUGUUCUGAAAUUAAAUGUUUAUUUUUUAAGUUGUUCUGUUGAUUCAAUGAAAAAUAAAUUGCAAUUUACGACUUAUGACGUAUUAAAAAAAGACUACUUACUAGAACUCGUUCAAACCAAUUUUCGGUGGAAGUUUUCAUGUUAAUGUACACCAUAUAUAUUUUUUUUGUGUUUUUCAUUCUCUUAUUUUAAAAGUUACAGGUGGGUUACACACAUUUUCAAACUAUUCAGUUUAGAAUAAAAUGAUAUUAGACACCACAAUAUCAUUUUUGAAGACCUAUCCAUAGAUACCCCAAAAGUAUGGGUUUGAUGAAAAAAAUAUAUUUAAUUGACCGUUCUAAGUAUGGGGAAACCCCAAAAUUUAUUGUUUUUUUUCUGUUUUGUGUGAAAAUCUUAAUGCGGUUCACAGAAUACAUCUACUUACUAAGUUUCAACAGUAUAGUUCUCAUAGCUUCGGAAAAAAGUGGCUGUGACAUACGGACGGACAGACAGACAGACAGACAUGACGAAUCCAUAAGGGUUCCGUUUUUUGCCAUUUGGCUACGGAACCCUAAAAAUGAAGCAUUAUUAAUUCACAUAUGCCCCUUGAUUCGAAAACGAACAGCCCAGAGCUAUUUAGGACCUCCAGUUUUUGUAAGUUUUUGAUAUGUUAAUGCUAAUAAGUCUUAAUUAAUAUAUUACUUAUUAGAUAAGUGCCUUUUUUAUUGUUCUAAAUCGAAACAUUGGGCACUUUUCUUACGUUUACCGUAAGUAAAAAAAGACUGUAAUUAAAAAUACUGUUAAUUAAAUUACUUAAAACUUAAAAAUGCAGUAAAAAACGGUAUUGUAAAUGAACUUGACACUUUCGAGACGAAAUUACCGUCAGGUUUUGGCAGUAAGCACGACUAGCACAACGGAGUCGGCUUGGUACUCUAACGAUCACGUGCUCAUUAUUACAAAUUCGGAUUGAAGGAAAAAAUAGUGUUAAAAACUUUUGGAAGAACCGCCUCAAUGCCGUACUUUUAAAGUAGAGUUCGGUCAAUAAUACGUCGAAAUCCCAGCAUCUCUACAUCGUUGCGAACUUCUAGUGCAACGAGUAAGUAUUGCACUGUUUACAAACUAGAAAAAAAACGACGGGUUGCACUCCGGGAGUGCCGGCAGAAGUGAAAACUUGAAUAUUAACGUUGUACAUUUUUGAUAUUUUAUAAUGAUUAGGGAAUAAUUUUGCACGAAUUGCUUUAAUUAUCAGUAUAAAAGUACUAUCAUUUAUGUAGUACAUUACUAUAUUUAUUUAUUGCGCUAUCGUACACAAACAUGAUAAUUUAUAUUACAUUAAAAACUUUAUCUUUGGGGCUAGGCUAAUUGGUGUGAGUAUUGGAAAUAUUAUUAUUAUUACUCUGGUGACCCGCUAUCGCUUUGCUUUGGUAUGCACUGUGGUGUGGACUACGGUUUUGUUGUCGGACAAUAUUACAGUUACUUUGUUCAAAAUAUAUUUUUAUAUAAUUUAAAGCUGCACGCACAAUGGAUACACUACCUAUUUAAUGAGAACUAUGACAACUAUGUUAGGCACAAAUGAAAUAUUAGAAUUUGAAUAUAAAAUUCGAUGAUAAUAAUCGUUGAUAAAAUAACAUAAUUUUACUUAGCUGUGUGGAACUCAUUACAACACAGUCUCCAUAAAGAAAAUACAUACGAAAUUAACCAAUAUGGAAUAAAUUACUCCAUAUAUAAGACUUAAAAAAUUAUACACAUAUUUUAUUUAUACAGCUGUUCUUAAUAAUUUUGUAAUCUCUCAUAACACUACGAAGGGUGAGCUGAGUAUACAUAAUCACAUGAUUGUAUUUUUGGGAGAUUUAUUACAAAGUGCUCAAAUCGAGUGGAAGUUAGUAAACAAAAAGUAUACUACAAAUACUUUCUUUAAAAUCAAGUUUUAAUAUUAUUUAUAAAUACAAAAAGAGAUUUUAUUUAAUAAAAAACUGAAUAAAAUUCCUUUUAUGUGGUCUGGAAAAUAAUUAAAAGUAGCCAAAUUUUUAUAACAAUUUUUAUUAUUUUAUUGCAUUUUUUUUUAAAUUUUGGUUAAAUUUAUUUGUUACAAUAUUAAAGAUGAAGUGAUGACACUGCCUGCCCGUCUUAUGCUUGGACCGCAUGGAAUUUUACUAGUCAUAUUUAUAAAUGUAGCAGUUAAGUGCUGAGAAUAAGCAUAUUAAUUCCUUCACUACAUAAGGGAAUUAACAAAAAGCUUUUACGUAAAUAGAAUAAAUCUACAGAAUCUUUUAUUUCGCUCAGAAUUCAAUAUGCUGCCCGUGACAUAAUACACUUCUCUAUCGCCUUGACGCUUAAUCCAAAAUCAUUAACUUCAACUCCACUUGCGCCUUUGUAAUAAAUAUAUGAUCUUGAUUUGAGACAUACGAAAAUAUUUGUAUAUAUGAUUUCUAUUUGCAUAUUUUUUGUAGAAAAAUAUCAAAAAGAAAGCAAGUAAUAUUGUAACUUUUGUAAUGAGUAUUUGACAAACGUGUAAAUAUGAGUAUAGUUAAUCAAAUAUUAUUUUCUAUAUUUAGGUAUACUGAAUAUUUUUAUUAAUUAGUAUUGUAAAGUAAGUAAUUGUACAAAAUAUCUGAAUUCACAUAUCAUAAUUAUCUUUUUUUUAAUUGAUUAUUUACGACUUUUUUUACCUGCCAUUUUAAAUAAGCAUAAUUUCUGAUACGUUCAUUAAUAAUACAUAUCGUAUGUCUCAAAAGUUUGAGAAUUUUAGAAUAAAAUUGUAAUUAAUUAAGUAGUUUAUGCAAUGCAUAGCAUUCGUUAUCAAAAUACCGCUGUAUGAUACUCGUAGCUGGUCUAGUCAAUAACAUAAUCCCUUACAUUUAACAAUGUAAGAAGUUAAGGUCUGUGAUUAUAAUUAUAAUAGAA